AUGGUUAAUAACUGCAGGCUUCCAAUUACUUUAUGUUUUGUAAAUCCAUGCACAUUUAAUAAUAACAAACCGUUGCAUUCACCUAGCAGUGGAAUGAAAGCAUUGCUUGCUGCAUCGGAGUCAAUGUCUGUGAAGAUGUUGAAAAUGCUUCCAAUUACUUUAUGUUUUGUAAAUCCAUGCACAUUUAAUAAUAACAAACCGUUGCAUUCACCUAGCAGUGGAAUGAAAGCAUUGCUUGCUGCAUCGGAGUCAAUGUCUGUGAAGAUGUUGAAAAUGCCAAAAUUUCGUCAAAUACACCAUAAACCUGCUCGAUUAACAAUGAUGGACAAUAGGGGAAAUAUGCUUCAAUUUUACAAAUUUCCUGAUAAGCAAGCCCAGAACAAAACAAAUAAACAAACAAAAAAUUGGCUUUUGAAUAAUAAACGUUCUCAUAAUGUAACAUGUAUUUACUUGUGA